AUGACCUCCCCCUCAACAAAACGCCUCCUCAAAGAAUCAACAGACCUCCACAAAAACCCGAGCCCCUACUUUACCGCGCAUCCAACUUCGGAAUCUAACCUGCACGACUGGCACUUCACUCUCGCAGGCCCGCCCGCACCAUCUCCCUACGCCUCAGGGCUAUACCACGGCCGAAUCACGUUCCCGGCAGCAUACCCGUUACGCCCGCCUUCCUUCCGCUUCCUCACGCCAUCGGGCCGCUUCGAAGUCAACCGCGAGAUCUGUCUGCCACCACGAGGAGACAUGGCAGCCUGCUUGGGGGUGCGCACGGCGCUGUUGGCCAUUCGGUCGGAGAUUUUCUCUUCGGAGGCGAAGGGCCAGGUUGGGGGUAUGGAGGGGAGUGAGACGUUGAGGAGGGAGUAUGCACGCCUUUCGAGGGGGUGGUGUUGUAGGGAGUGUGGUGGGGAUAACCUUGGGCGGAUGAGGGAGUGGUGGACUGUUUGUAGGGAGAAAGAGGUUGAGGUGGAGGGGUUGGAUGAUGGGUUGGAGGAGAGUGAGAAGGAGGAUAAGACUGGUGAUGAGAUGAAGCAGGAGGAAUCCAGGCAGACCUUGGAGACGACGCCAGAGCAAAGACAGACACAACAACCACUUCCACCUCGUUCCUCGUCCCUGGCGGCACCAAUUUCUUCGUCUCCUGCUCCAGCCAGUGUUGCUCCAGCUCAACACCCCGUUGCUCCUCGCCCACAAGCACAAGCACAGCCUGCUUCCACCGCAGCAAACGACGGCGUCUGGCUGGACCGCGCCAUCAUCGGUGUCGUGGUCACGCUGGUCAUUCUCAUCUUGCGCCGGUUCGUUGACGUGGAGGACUUAUGA